CACUAUCUCCUUGGGAGGUUCUUCAUCCUCAGGACUGAUCAUCAAACCCUGAGAUGGAUGAGAACUCAGCCUAUACACUCUGACGCUCUCAAGCGUUGGAUUGAAGUCAUAGAGCAGUAUGACUUCGAGCCCCAGUACAUCAAGGGCGAGUACAACAAGGUUGCUGAUGCCUUGUCGCGUAGACCUGAUGUCUCAGGUGCGCUGAUCACUGAGUUUGGGCUUGAGGACAAUGUUACUCAGUCCAUGGUGGAAGCCUAUCGCGAGGAUCCGUUCAUAUCGGAGAUCAUCCGCAAACUCGAGGCAAAGGAAAAAGUGACUUCUGCCGAGUUUGAGUUGGUCAACGACUUGCUGUUCCUUGACAAGGCAGGGAAUAAACGUUUGUAUGUUCCUAAUAGCGAGUCUUUGCGUAGUUUAUUUGUAGGAGAAUGUCAUGAUGCCACCGGACAUUUUGGCUUUAAGAAGACUGCAGCCAAUCUGUUGCAGCGAUUCUGGUGGCCCACGAUGAUCAGAGAUGCGAAACUGUACGUGGAGACUUGUCAGGUCUGUCAAAGAGACAAGCCACGUACUCAGGCUCCUCUUGGGCUUUUGAAGCCCCUUCCGAUUCCUGAAAGGCCUGGUGAAAGCUUGUCCAUGGACUUCAUGGAUACACUGGUCACCAACAAGAGUGAGAUGAGGCACAUCUUCGUUAUCGUGGACAGAUUUAGUAAGAAUGCUAGGUUAGUACCGAUGCCGGAAACAGCAAAAACGGAGUAUGUGAUUAGGAUGUUCAAAGAGAACUGGGUCAAGGAUUUCGGUUUACCGAAGUCCAUUAUAAGUGACGGGGAUGUCCGAUUUACCAGCGAGUUGCGGAAGGCCGCCGCUGCGGAACAGGGAACAUAGUUGCAAAUGACUUCUGGGAACCACCCAGAGGCAACGGCCAAGCCGAGCAACUGAACCGCGCUGUCCAAAACCUGUUGAGGCAUUACAUCA